AUGAAACUUUAUGGAUUUACGGAAGCCAAAGUUCAAGAGUAUUCUCCAUCAGAAGCGGCUAAAGUUUACGAGAAGGCGUUAUCAUCAAGGAAAAACGUGCCAAUGUUCAAUCCACUUGCGGCUCUUGAUGGAGGUCGCCAUCGUGACGGCCAUACUGAUCCAGCAGCGAAUGAUCGACAAAGCAUUCAGAGUCACUUCAAUCUAGCGACGAAAAUUUGUAACUUCCGAAAAAUGUUGCUAUCUUUGGAUCGAAUGGAGAACGAUGGUGAUAGCGAUUAUGAGGGAGAAAUAAGUGUUGCUCCGAAAGACGACGAUGAAAGUGCGGAUGGAUGUCUGGAUGCAUCUGCUGAAAAUGAUGUCGAUAUGUAG